AUUGAAUCCUGUUGACGUUAAUUGCAUGUCCAGACCAACUCCAGUAACAGGAAAAUAUUGAUUUUUCUUUUAUAUUCUUUACAGAAAGGAUAUUUAACUGAACAGACAAGCAUGGCUUCCAACUUCAGGUCCGCAGUGUGUCAACGUUCAGAUUUGAUUUAUGACUUUGUCUGCUCCCCAUGUAAAGACGAUGGAUUAAAUAAUGAGGCACAAUUCUUCUGUGAUGAGUGCAAGAAAUAUUACGGCAACACCUGUGUACGACUACACAACAAACUGUUUAGGACACAUUCAGUGCUUGGAAGACAAGAGGUGAGCAAGUGGCUGGGGUAUGCAGGACUGAGCCCCAUGGAGACAUGUGACAAACAUAGUGACAGGAAGCUUGAACUGCUCUGUGAGGACCAUAACGAGCUUUGUUGCCACAUUUGUGUCUCUCUAACUCACAGAAUGUGUAAGAGCAUCAAGCACAUCCCUGACCUGGCCGAUGGACUGAAGAAACAAAUCGACUUCAGGGAAAUACCUGCUGAUGUUGAUAAGAUUAUCACAAGGCUUGAAGAAACCAUCAAGAACAGAACUCACAGCAAACGGUCCCUCGAUGACUCUGGGGGGAAAAUACUUGCUGAAAUCAAGUCACUGAGAAAGAGGGUGAACGAUCAGCUUGAUGAAAUAGAAAAACAAACCAAUGUUCUCUUACAAGACCAGCUUCACAAGGCAGGUGAUUUACUGCAGGAGGACAUUUACAAAUGCACUCAGCUUCAUGACAAAAUAAACACUUACUUAAAAAGCAUCCAAUCUAAGCAAGAUGACAAUACCUUCUUAGCCUAUAAGAAAUGCAAGAAAAAGAUGAGAGCAGCAGAGAGGCUGCUACAACAAAUGCAGGAACUGUCUGUAAACGCUGACCAAACGCUAAAAAUGCAGAUCGAUUCCAGGAUUGAACAGUUAAUCUUUGGAAUGAAUACAUUAGGGGAAAUCAGUUUGAAUUAUGGUUUAAAGAUCAAGAAUGGAACGAAAUUCAAAGUAAAAAUGCAAGGUGACAAAAAUGGAUGCCUCAUUAGUGGUAUAUGCGAGUUGCCUGGAGGAGAGCUCCUCAUCACAGACCUUGAAAACUACAAUGUAAAGCUACUUGACACUGAGUACCAGGUGAUUGCCAAACGUGAUCUCACUGCUCAACCACAACAGGUCUGUCACAUUGCUGGCAACGAAACUGCAUUAACUCUACGUGACAAAAGUGUGCACUUCGUUACAGCAACAGGCGGUAAACUGAGCGAAUCAAGGAAACUAACAUUUAAACACGAAUGUCUUGGUAUUUCGCACCACAAUGAUUAUCUGUAUGUUGGAUCCUGUACAGCAAUUUACCAGUACACGCUGUCAGGCCAGCUGGUUAAGAGGUUAUAUGAAGACAACACUUCUUAUUAUACGGUAUACAAAUUCACACUCAGCAGAGAUGGCACCAAAAUCUACAUUCCUGCUCCAUACAAAGACAAGCUCAUUACUAUUGACAAAAGUGGGAAUAUUCUGUCAGUUCUUCAGGACCCCGAUUUUAACUGGCCUAUUGCAGCGUGUGUUGAUGACAGUGGACUUCUGUUUGUCUGCUCAAGCAGUUCCCACAAAGUGACCCAGGUGGACAAAGAGGGCAAACACAAGCUGACCACACUGGCCACUAAAGCUGAUGGACUUCGUGAACCGUGUGCGGUGUGGUUUACAAAACAUACACAUAAGAUAAUUGUUGGUGGCUUGAGAAAUGAAAUUUCAGUAUUUGAGCUUGAAUAAGACUAAGUUCAUGAACUUUUGUUCACAACAUCGCUGCAGAUAUAACAACAGUGACAUAGGCCUUGAAGAGACAACAAAUACUAAUCACAGGUAUUUUAGCACAAAGAAAGGUUUGCAUGACUCGAGGUGUGAAUGCGAAAAAGGUUCUAAGUGACAAUAAAUAAAGAAGAAGAUAGAACCUUUUCGCUUUUACCCCUCCAUGUGGAAACAACAAGCGUAAUUACAGGCAAGUGACGAAAUGCCUGACUGGGCCUUAUCGGAAAAAUAACCACUCAAUGUUCACUAAAGAGCUUGAUGAAAAUAUAUUCUCUCGUAGCAAAGUAGUGCUCUGCAAUUCUGUGAAGUUUGAAUCUCCAUAUUGUGCAACAUCUCCAAGUGGCCUUUGAGAUAAGAGCAUGACUUUUAUGUGUGCAACACAUUCCCUUGGUGUUUAAGUAUGAACGCAACAAAACACCAAUAUUGAAGCUAAAUUGCGAAUAUCUGCAACUUUCUCAGGGAGAAAGGUAUAAAUAUUACCUCUUAGCUAUCUCCUCAAUCCCUAAUUACCAUGUAUGUAAUUUAUGUGUUUGCAAUUAUGUACUUAUAUACAAUAAAUAUUGUUUUAACCAAAAUUUGUUAUAAGAUAUGCAAAGAAAAUAUGUAUUCAGAUUGGAACUUGAAACCCAACAUCCCCGUCACAACACACGAUGAUUGCUGCCCUCACAUAUAAUGUUUCAGCUGAAUUUUAGCUAUUUCUCAAUUCAAUACAUUUUUUUUUCAAAUGGCAGUGCUUACCGUCCUGACAAUCCCUGCUAUCUGAACACUCUCCGAUACGAUCGGAGACACUUACUGAUUCAGUCAAUCACAAUACUCUUGCAAGUGAUUCAUAACAAGAGUAAAUGAUUUAUAAUUUUACUGCGACGAUAUGUUAUAAUUAUUUGAAUUACAUGUAUUGUUUUAUUCCCUUUAUUCGUUAUUUUAGCAUUAUUGCAUUAAUCAGCGAUGCCAACGCAAAUUUGUAAAAAAGGAAACCAAAACGAAAUUGGAGUAUCCCAAUCACAAUUUUUACAAAAACUACAGAUAAAUUUAAAGUUUUGUGGCCAAAAAAGAGGAACAUUGGCAUCACUGAAUUUAAUGUUAUUAUGAUGGAUUUUCUUUUGUAAAUACUUUGUACUGAAUAUACUAAG